AUGGAAAACAAGAUUGUUUUCCUUCUCUUCCUCGGGGCACUAGUCGGUGUCCCGCGGGCGGAAGCUUUACCCGAUGAAAGCUUCCUCAUCACGUCCGUAAACAAGCAGAACUUGCUGAAGGCAUUGCUGCAGCAGGAAUCAACCUCACCGUUCGCCAUCGGUGGUCGAGGAUCGGGAAGCAAGGAUGAAGAUGGCUAUCACUACGAUCGUCCGCAGGAUCCGCUGUGUUUGGCUGGUGCUGGACCACACUGUCAGCAAACGAAACCAGACAAUGGCUACUUGCCACCGUGCACUCCCGGAAGUCAAGGAAUACACUGUCAGCCCUCGGUUCCGACGUGUCCUCAGGGUGGAGUUCCACCGCACUGCUGCACGAAUGGAGGAAAUGGACCGAACUGUGUAGUACCGGAAGUACCUUUACCACCGAUCGUCAUACAACCUGGCCAUCACAAUGGAGCGCCUAUCGUACAGGUGCAGACGUUCGUUUAUGGAGCUUGCACUAACGGUGGAUCUGGACCGUACUGCUGCACGAAUGGUGCCCAUACUCCUGACUGUGGACUUAGUGCUCCACCGGAAGUGAUUCCUGCACCGCCUCAGCCACCCCCAACGAGACCUCCGCCACCGCCACCUACGAGACCUCCACCGCCGCCACCUACGAGACCUCCGCCACCACCAACCACGACUCGUCCGAGACCACCUCCAACGACGAGACCACCGCCGCCACCGACCACAACAAGACCGCGGCCACCUCCAACAACUACCCGUCCAAGACCUCCGCCAACAACGAGGCCACCACCACCACCACCGACCACCACGCGUCCAAGACCUCCGCCAACGACCACUAGGCCACGACCUCCGCCAACAACUACGAGGCCACGACCUCCGCCAACAACUACGAGGCCACGACCUCCACCAACUACAACUCGUCCUAAGCCGCCGCCAACGACUACUCGUCCGAGACCACCGCCUACGACAACUCGUCCUAAGCCGCCACCAACGACAACGAGGCCACGACCUCCGCCAACUACUACGAGGCCAAGACCUCCUCCAACAACGACGCGUCCUAAGCCGCCACCAACGACGACGAGGCCACGACCACCACCGACGACUACUCGUCCAAAGCCUCCUCCAACUACUACAAGGCCACGACCUCCGCCUACGACCACUCGUCCUAAGCCUCCGCCAACUACUACCAGACCCCGACCUCCACCAACAACUACACGUCCUAAGCCGCCGCCAACUACUACGCGUCCUAAGCCGCCACCUACCACUACGAGACCUCGUCCACCGCCAACUACCACUCGGCCGAAGCCACCACCAACCACGACCCGUCCGAGACCUCCACCGACCACAACGCGUCCUAAGCCGCCUCCAACUACAACUCGUCCGAGACCUCCGCCAACAACGACUCGUCCUAAGCCGCCACCAACGACGACUCGUCCACGGCCACCGCCAACAACGACACGUCCGCGACCUCCGCCAACCACUACUCGGCCAAGACCACCACCUCCACCACCACAGCCAACGACACCGUAUCCUUUCGUUCCGGUGACUCAACCACCGGUCGUGUUCCUCGGAUGUCCGAAUGGAGGCGUUGGUCCGUACUGCUGCACGAACGGUGGAGUUGGCCCGAACUGUGCCAUACCGCAAGGACCUCCGUACCAGACGUGUGAUAACGGUGGUCAACCACCAUACUGCUGCACAAACGGAGGCGUUGGACCGUACUGUGUCGAGAUCCAGCAGGCAAUUGAGGUUCGUCCGCAGACGCAAGUCAUCUACACCGCGCCACUGUUCCAACCAGGUGGUGCGAUUGUGUCGGGUCAGGGAAGUCGUCCAAUUGCCGGACAGGCACCACUGCCACAGCAGUAUCCUCAGCAGCAACCUUAUCCGCAACAACCGCAGUACCAACAGCAGCAGUACCAGCCUCAGCAGCAACAGUACCAGCCUCAGCAGCAACAGUAUCAGCCUCAGCAGCAGCAGCAGAUCAACAGGCCCAGCUAUGGUCAAUCUCCUCAGGUGACCGUACAACCCAGCUCAUUCGCAUCGCCAUUCCCGACAGCGUCGCGAUUCCAGGGCAAUAGUGGAUCAGCUCCCGUGCAGUCUAUAACGCCACGACCUCAGCCAACUCCGCAACAGAGACAACCAGCUCCAACCCAAGCGUCUCGACCGACACCCACCAAUCAGGUAAGACAGCAACCGGCACGUCCUGCAGCUGCCAACACACCCAGACCUCAGCAGCAGCAGCAACAGCGACAACAACCUGCCGCAAACACUGCGCGACCCCAGCAACAGCAACAGCGACAACAACCUGCUGCAGCACGUCCACAACAGCCACGUCCUCAGCAAGCGUCCUCUAACUCUCAGCGUCAAGGUGGCGCUGGACUUAAUGGCGGAUUCUCCGACAAGACACCCGUGCGACCAGCUUCGACUGCAGGAGCGCAGCAGUGCGAAGGAGCGAACUGCGAGCACGGUUUCUACUACAAACUCGGCGACCAAGCGGUCAUAUUCUAG